UCUGUUUGAUAUACAACAGGUAUAGAAGAAAAACUAGGUUAGGUAAUUUUAAUUAUUUUAUUAAUAAACAAAAAUGGAAGAUGGUUAUUGUUGGUUGAUAAAUUUGAUCAACAAAGACAUUGGCGCUAGAAAAAGUUUUUAAUCAAAAUAUGCCUAUCUACAAGUAAAUUAAAAAUCAAAGUGUAAUGGAAACUGUUGCAGAAAGAUUGACAAAAUCUAAAAAUAUGUCAGAAGAAUUGUCUGGUGUUACUGUAGUUAUAAUAAUCGGACUAGGUGUGCUUACCUUUCUAUUAUUAUUUAUAUUCGCAAAAAGGCAGAUUAUGCGUUUUGCUCUGCGAUCAAGAAGAGGGCCUCAUAUACCUAUAGGACAUGAUAGCUCAAAGGUCUUAAAAAGAGAAAUCGAAAGAAGAAUAGAUUUAAUUAAGAAAAUUGAAUGUGAGCCGCGUCUAAUCAGCAAAUCAGAUCCAAGAUAUAUUGUUUGUCCUGGACAGCAAAUUCCUGCACAUUAUUAUAGGUUAAGGGCAGUUGAUGAUGUGAAAGUUUUAGAGCAAGAAAUCACAAAACAAGACAACUGUCUAUAUCGACAUCCUAGUGAAAAUUUAAGAGCUUACCUUCUGACAACCUUAGCAGCUCCAUUAAAUGGUAGUGGACAAAGGUUGAUACAUGAAUUUUGUGAUAUGUAUGAACAUGCCAGGCACGACCCCAACCAUUUUGGAGAUGAAGAUUAUCAGCAGUAUAAUAGACUUCUGUUAAAAUUAAUUGAUGCGGCUAAACUAUUGAAAUCUUACAACACAAGUAGGAAAUCAUCACCAAAUCGUACUCCACAACGAAGGCAUAUAGAAAGAAACCGAAAUCUCCAUGCCCAUUAUACUCCCGAAGAUGAAAUACUUAGCGUAUCAGAACGUAUCGAUUCUAGGCCUACAUCUCUAUCUAUCUUACCUUCCGCAGAUGAUGAAACUUCUGUGUAAUUUAUAUUUUGUAAAAUGUUUAUAUUUUUUACUUUAAGAUUUAAAAAGUAUUUAUUAUAUGUACCUACUAUGUAUGUAAAUACGUGUUUUUAUUUAAUAUCCCCAACAGAAUGCCAAUAAAAGAUUAAAUCAUGAAAAUGUGAUCUUAAGUCGGAG